AUGGCAGACAAACUUCGCGCGCAGCAACAGCUUGAACAACUCCAGCAGCGUUAUGUUGGAACGGGCCAUGCUGAUACAACAAGAUUCGAAUGGACGAGUAAUAUUCAAAGAGAUUCGUAUGCCUCUUAUGUGGGCCACCCGCCUUUAUUGAGUUACAUGGCAAUAGGAAUGGGAAGUCCAAGGGAGAUUGUGAGGAAAAAUAUGAUUGAGGUGUGUAAUUUUGUACACCCUGAGCCUUUUUAUUUGGACUUGGACAUUAUUGGAUAUGUGGAAGUAGGAAUCAAGAUGGAGACUAACAUCCAACAGAAAAUGAUACAACCAGUUGGAAAGCCCCCCGAGGUGCAGGAUUAG